AUGGCACACCUGCUGGGCAGCCAGGCCUGCAUGGACAGCCUGCGCAAGGACCUCACUGACCUGCAGGGCGCCAUCGUGGACGUGUUCUCACGUGCCGGGCCCGUGCGCUUCCCCUCCUGGAAGUUCCCUGACCGCGUGGCCUGUGACCUGGACAUGGUGGCCCUGCUAGAGCACUAUGACCACGUGCCAGGGGACCCCGAGUUCACACAGCUCUCCCAUGCUGUGCUGCUGGAGCUCGUCAUCGACCGGCUCCUGCUGCUGCUUCAGAGCUGCGCGAGCUACUUGGAGAACCUCGGCUCGGAGCAGGUGGUGCCCCCCGCCCGGGCUGUGGGGCCCUGCAUGUCCGUGGGGCUCACGGUGCGGCGCUUCUGGAGCAGCCUGCUGCGCCUGGGCGUGCUCCUCCAGCAGGCGGCCCCCCAGAAAAGGGCAAACCAAGGGAAGACCCCCACCUCCAAGCCCACAGCCAAGGGCGAGCCAGCCAGGAACCCCGAAUUUGUGACUGCCAAGCUCAUCGAGCCCCCCUCCCCAAUGCCAGGCUUGCCCCAGACCUGCCAAGAGCUGGACAGCACCCCUGUCAGCGUCUCCCUGCAGUGUCCACCCAGGACGGCCGAGAACACCAGGAGUGUCCACUCCCAGACCGUGGAGACGGCCCUGGUGCCCUGUGAUGCGUGCACCAGCGUCCAGGGCAGCCUGCGAGAGGUGGGCAAGGUGGUCAUCGGCCUGUGUCAGAGCCAGAACUUGCCCUCGUCCUUAGGCCAGUUCCAGCAUCUGGUGCAGGACAGCAUGGGGCUCAGGCCACUGCCAGCCGCCACCGUGGGCCACUGGGCAGCGGAGCAAAGCAAAGACCUGGUGCGCCUCAGCAAGCACGUGGGGGCCCUCACUCAGCGUGUGGGGCCCCUGAAGGCCCAGCUGGAGGAGGCUGAGGGGAAGAAGGACAGACUGAGGAAGCAGGUGGGCGAGCUGGAGCAGGCCCUGCAGCAGGAGCAGGGGGCGCGGCAGCGACAGGUGGACGAGGCCGAGCAGCGCCUGGCCCAGUGGGAGCGCGACAGGCGGCAGCUGCUCGCAGAAACCAGUGACCUCAGGACGAAGGUGGCCACCUUGGAGGGGGAGCUGAAGCAGCAGCGGGAGUCCACGCAGGCCGUGGAGAUGAAGGCCCAGCAGCUGCAAGAGGAGGCUGAGCACAGGGCGCAGGCCGAGAGGCAGGUGCAGCAGCUGGAGGAGCAGGUGCAGCUGCUGGCGGGGCGGCUGGACGGGGCCAGCCAGCAGAUCCGCUGGGCCAGCACAGAGCUGGACAAGGAGAAGGCUCGUGUAGACAGCAUGGUCCGCCACCAGGAGUCCCUGCAGGCCAAACAGCGAGCUCUGCUACAGCAGCUGGACCGCCUGGACCAGGAGCGCGAGGAGUUGCGGGGCAGUUUGGACGAGGCCGAGGCCCAGCGUGUCCACGUGGAGGAGCAGCUGCAGAGCGUGCAGAGCGAGAGGGAGCAGGGGCAGUGCCAGCUCCGGGCCCAGCAGGAACUGCUGCAGAGCCUACAGCGAGAGAAGCAAGGCCUGGAGCAGGCAACCACGGAUCUGCGGCUGACCAUCUCGGAGCUGGAACGGGAGCUCACGGAGCUGAGGGAGCGGGAGAGGCUGCUGGUGGCCUUCCCAGACCUACACAGGCCUGUGGAGGCCCAGAUCCAAAGUAGGGGCCCGGGCGUGGUGCAGAGGCAGAUCACGUGUGUUCCCGCAGGCUCUGGCAACGUCACGGACGACAUGGAGAGGCAGGUGCAGGCCAACAACAUCCGUAUCCGGGUCCUGCAGGAGGAAAAUGGGCGGCUGCGGUCCAUGCUGUCCAAGAUACGGGAGGUGGCCCAGCAGGGGGGCCUCAAGCUGAUCCCACAGGACCAGCUCUGGGCCCCUCCCACCAAGGGAAUCCAGGGAGCAGCGCCCCCAGCCCAGGCCCAGAGAGCAUCCCUAGGGCCCCUGGGCAGGCGGCACUCACCUGGCAGCAGGACAGCCAGUGCAGGCAGGACCCUGCCAGGCCAGCCCCGGGCGUCCCCACCUCAGCAGCCCCACAGUCAGCCCAGCAGGUCCUCCCUGGAGGACAUGACCCACUCGACCAACUGUGCCCAGAACCCCAUCAGGGCCCUGGCCAGGCUGAGGAGGAGACUAUCACCAAGCCGGGGCCAGGCCGGCGCUGCACACCCGCCCCAGGAGCGGCCCACGUAGCCGGCAGUGGGGUGGGGCUGGA